CAUGUAACAGUGUAAUACAUGCACAACACUUUAGAGUAAGAGACAGAACAGGAGUAUGGCUGCAAAACACCUUCACAAGUAACAAGCCAAGUCAAAAGGCACAUGGGGUCACGCUGCACUGCACUUCUUUUUUCUUUUGUGUGUAACCCAGAAUAAGAAAAAGCCAAGGAAUUUGAAAACGUGUAAAAAGCGUCAUCUGUUCAGCUUCCCUUACGACCAACGUCUAUUCUACAUUUGUAAUUUCAUGCCAGCCAAUGCAACCAAUACAACUAAUGCAGCUAAUGCAACCAAUCCAACCCAUCCAACUCCAUCCCUCCUUAGGCCUUCAUCCUCUCCUCAACAGCACCAACACCAACAAGCUCCACAACGUUCCGUGACAAUAUCACGCCGCCAAUUCGGCCCUGUUCCUGUUUCUGCUUUACAAGCUGCAUCCUCCCCUAAUCUUGUCCCCACCAAUACUGCAAAUCGACAUUCAACUCCAACUUCGUCACAACCAGAACCACAACCCCCAAAGUCACCACAAUCAACCCCUAUUUCAACUUCUCCUGCUCCACAAAAUCCAAAUUAUAACAUUAGUUUUCUCAAUGGAACAGCUGCACCAACUGUAGCCUGUCCUAUCUGUAGUAUCACACUAAGAAACCUUGCACAGCUGAACCAUCAUCUCGAUACGAUCCAUCCUGAGGAGCCUGACGAUGUAAAGUCAGCUGUUAGUCAAUUCUUCAGGAAUGCACAAAAGGUUUUUAACCCUAUCACCAAAUCUGCUACAACCACACUAAGGAAAAUUCAGGAUUUGGAUCUGGACUCUGCAGCAUCCGGUAGUAGCCUUGCUGGCCCUCCGCCCCCUGGAGGGUUCCAAGGAUGGACCGAUCCACGAGCAGAAGCUAUUGUCACAAAACGUCACUGGGUCCGAGAAUCAGAUCAAGAUGAAUGUUUCCAUCCUAGUUGUGAAAAGAGACUCGGUAUCCGAUAUGGACGCCAGCACUGUCGGAGAUGUGGCAACAUGUUUUGUGAGAGCCAUUCAUCUUUUCAGAUCAAACUUAAUGCACAGGCGAAGCAUGAUCCAAACGGGCUAUGGUGCAGGGUGUGUGAGGCUUGCUAUUUGAUUGCCAAAAAAGAAGAGGAUGGCAUGGACUCAGGAGGAGUGCAGCGCAAUUUGACGAAACAGUUUUUGAGUAUUCGGAUAAAAAAUACAGAGAAGAAACAGUUGGAGGUCAAUCGACUGGAAAAGAGGAUUGAAAAGCUAGCACAGAUCCAUCGACAAUAUGAUAGUGGAGCAUCAUCAUCCCCAACUCUAUCUGGAUCGCCUACAUCCACCAUCUCAUCCAUAUCAUCUGGAGCAGGCUCUGUACGUGCCAAAGGCCUACUUCGUUCCGUCACGUCGCGCGGACAGAACUUGAAAGGCGCUGAGCAAACGGUUGUCAAUUGGGAGGACGACUCAGCAGUUCCUGCAUGUUAUAUAUGCUUAUCGGUGUUUACUCGAUAUGGCAACAGGAAGCACCACUGUCGACUAUGUGGACGUGUUAUUUGUGAUAAUUGCUCAAAGGCUAUACCACUGUAUCUGAACAUGUCAACUUACCCUGAUAGUUCUGGCCCUACUGGACAAACCAGAGCAUGUAAGGAAUGCGUACACAUUGUCUUCAAGCGACGGGAGCAUGCAGCGGAUCAAAAGCGACCGAGUGCUGUCCUCAAAUAUUAUGAAUCCUUAAUGCGGCUUAAGGCUAGGAUCGAUGUUGCAUUGCCUCGGUUUCAGGAGAUGAUUUCAGCUCUUGGCCAUAAAGUAGAUAUGCACCAAGCUCAUCCGGAUUAUCAGCUUGCAGCAAAGACCAGGAAGGAACUCUUGGAUGAUUUCGCGCUUUUUGACUCUAUCAGUAAAAAGAUCGCCAAGAUGCCUGCACACACUCAGCAUCAGAAGCAGCUUUACAACAAUCUUUACUGGUGGGCAACACAGUAUUUGCAGACGAAUAUGUUUCCAUUGUCAGUGAUUCCCAAAGUGUUUGGCAACGGAGGCAAAGACGUGAAGCAGAAACAACUUUUAAGUGCAUCACCUUCUCGAUCAUCAUCUUCAUCCCCCUCGCCUUCUAUUUCAUCAUUGUUGCCUGAAACAACACCUCAGGAUAAUGAGGCUGCGAUCGAGAGCCUUGCACUGAUAUCGGUGAUGGAGGAGCAGCGGCGGCAGAUUGAAUCGUACAUUGAGGAGGCAACGCGUAAACGACGGUUCGAUGAUGUAAAAUCCCUUCAGAUCAGUCUAGAAGAACUUGAUAGAGAAAUAGCAGCGAUCCGUUCAGGAAAAAAACGCACGUUCUGAAUGAAUCAUCCUAUGCCAAAAAUUAAAAAAUCCAAC